AUGUACACCGGUAGUACAGCAACUGGCGCAUAUCAGCUAAGCGUACAGCAUAUGAGCUUGAAUAACACGCCCACAGGUCGUCCCAAAAAAAGACCGCCAAACACAGGUGCCCUUCUUUUUAACUCAGUUGAAAAUAGUACGCUAUUUUCAUUGCUUGGACAUGACUGCAUCUCAUUAGCAGCAGGUGUUGUGCAGUUGUUGAAAUCCGAUCCACGAAAUCCAGGAGUAUGGAUCAAAGCUCACAAAGGAGUUGUUUCGCUCGUCAAGGAUUAUGAUAAAAGAGCAUACUUCUUGCGCUUAUAUGAUAUUUAUAGAAAACAGUAUCUUUGGCAACAAAUGUUGUACAAGAAUUUCCAUGCUUCUCAGCCAUUAGGGUGUCCGCAUCUGCUGACGUUCGAAGGAGAUGAAUGCGUGUUUGGUUUGAAUUUUUCGAGUAAGGAAGAAGCAUACAGCUUUAAGUCCCAUCUUGAUAAACGCUACGAACAGGAGAAAAAGUCUCAAGAAAAAGAGAGGCUAGCUACUAGUGGCUCGCAGAACAUUUCACCCUUAUCUGGAUCACUACUACAACCUUUCGGUAGUCGAACUCAUGCAAUUUCUGCACCGCAUAGGACUGGCAUUACCAGUAUGGGUACUGUACCGAAUAUUGGUGGUGGUGCAUGGACAAAUUUCGUAACGAUCAACAGAACCAAAAAAAAGAGUUCAAAAAAGGAAAAGAAGCAGAAGAUUCGAAAAGAAGACAUCAGUAAUCCAACUAAUUUUCAACACAAAGCACAUCUUGGGUGGAAUCAAGACGGUGGAUUCUCGCAAGAAACCUACAACUGUGAUCCAAUGGAUGAUAGCGUCAAGGCUGUGUUGCGCGCUGCGGGGGAAAAUCCGGAACGAAUGUCUAAAGAUGAUUUAGAAUUUUCGAAAAAAUUCAUUACCGGCUAUCAAGAGGUGCCUCAAGUACAGCAACCGCCUGCUCCAGUGCAUCAUAAUUAUCCGAGGCCUUUUAUGACCUCUUCAAUUACAAAUUCUGCCACAAUAUCACCAGUUCCGCCGCCACCACCUCCAUUAGUGCGUCGUGAAGGGUUUCAUAUCACUCCAGUUUCAAGACCGCCGCUGAAACCCCCUGCUUCCAGCAAGCCUCCAGCAAGGCCUUUACCACAGCCACCUGGUGCAGUGAACGGCACACCAACUACCUACCGCCCAAAUGAUGUACCCCCACCGCCUCCUCCGCCACCUCCCCCAUCAAGUUCUACGUGCUCCAUACCAAUAGCACCACCUCCUUCGUCAAUUUCUCCAACUUCUUUGCUUGCACCACCUCCACCUCCUCCUCCACCACCGCCUCCUGCAACGUAUACCAAUAAUCCAGCACCUCCCCCUCCACCACCGCCUCCGCCUUCUUACACUUUCGCUUCUAGCAACGGUGCUGGAGGAGGAAAAACAAAUUUGCUUAGUGAGAUACAAGCAGGAGUUACUUUGAAACAGGUGACAACAAAUAGCAAUCAUGGCAGUGGUAUUGCCGGCGCACACGAUGAAAUGAUGGCACAAAUACGGCAAGGGGCCAUCCUAAAGCCUGUAGAUAAAGAGGAGAUUGAAAAUCGGAAAUCGAUACCGAAUGCUACGGAUGUAGCGGGGAUUGCAGGCGCAUUAGCUCGAGCUUUAGAAGAAAGACGGAGAAAUAUACGCAAUUCAGAUGAGUCAGAAUCAGAAGAAGAAGCGAAUAACAACGACAGUGAAUGGGAAUCAGAUUGA